UUAUUUAUUUUUAUUUAACCUUUGGUACCAAAGCUCAGCCUAAGAAUCUGCCCCUAUAUCAAAUUAUCAAUCAUAUUGUCCAACCACAAAAAAAGAAGGCAAAAUUUCUGGGCGUGUGCGUACUUUCUGGUUCCUUACGAUGUUGUCUUCUAUUAGAUUCGUGUGGAUCCUGGUGGUGUGUGCGACAGUAACAUGCGCGUUGAGCCGGAGCCUGAGCCAAACACAGAAGUUGUCAGCAUAUGAUGUUCUGGAGGAGUAUGGUUUCCCAGUGGGUCUUCUUCCCAAAGGUGCCAUAGGGUAUGCGCUGAACAGAGAGACGGGGGAGUUUGCAGUGUAUUUUGAGGAAACUUGCACUUUCGACAUAGAGUCCUACAAGCUCAAAUACAAAUCCACCGUCACUGGAGUUAUCUCCAAGGGUAGGCUCUACAAUCUCAAGGGUGUCACCGUCAAGGUUUUGGUCUUGUGGCUCAACAUCAUCGAAGUCACUGUUAGGGGUGAUGAUCUCGAAUUCUCUGUUGGAAUUGCUUCUGCGAACUUUGGGAUCGACAACUUCUACGAGAGCCCCCAGUGUGGAUGUGGUUUCGACUGCAACAAACUUUCUUUAAACGGUGACGUUUCCUCCAUUUAAUUAGCUUUUUGUAUGAUUCAAAAUUUGCGAACACAUUAUUGGGUCUCUCUUGCAGAGUGUAGAUCUAUCUAUCCCCUUUAUGCUCUUAUUUUAAAAUUAAUGGUUAGUGUAGUUUAAUGAGGGCUUUGUUUUGUUUCCCCUCACAUGAAUUAGAGCUUUUGGUCCUUUGCAGUACCUAUUGCCUGAAAAUCCGGACAAAUGUCACUGUAAUUGCCUCACUCUAUUAUUGUCUUGCUGUAAUAUCCAUUGUGAUCAUUGGACAUAUCGUUAUUUUAUUUGUUUUUC